AUGGCAUCUAUUCUUGAAACCCUCUUGACGUCAACCUUGUUGCUUCUUAUUCUUGUGCUGCCUAAUGUCCAUGCCAAAUCCAGCAAACAAAGUCCCCCGGCAACCCCUUCGGAGAACAAGAAACAUAAGUUCAGGUCAAGACCGUGGAAGAAUGCUCAUGCUACCUUCUAUGGAGGAGAUGAUGGCUCGGGAACAAUGGGCUUCAUUGUCAAGCCCAAACUGGGAUUAUUGGAACAUGGCUUAGAGCUAGGGAUCAACAACGGGCCAGGAUGGUCCGGCGCAUCAGUUGAUGAUGGGGGAGCUUGCGGCUAUGAAGACGUAAAGAAGCAAGGCUAUGGUUUACAAACAACAGCAUUGAGCGCAGCUUUGUUUAACAAUGGACAAACAUGUGGGGCUUGCUAUGAAAUAAAAUGUGUCAACAGCCAGAAAUGGUGUAAGCCCGGUGCGCCUUCUAUCUUCGUUACCGCCACCAAUUAUUGCCCACCAAAUUAUGAUCUACCAAACGACAAUGGCGGGUGGUGCAACCCGCCCCGUGAGCAUUUUGACUUGUCCCAGCCAGCAUUUCUUCAAAUUGCUGAGUACAAGGCUGGCAUUGUUCCUGUUCAAUAUCGCAGGGUUCCAUGUAAGAAGCAAGGAGGAAUUCGAUUCACGAUAAACGGAAAUCCUUAUUUCAACUUGGUCUCAAUAUCUAACGUUGGUGGAGCCGGAGACGUCACAACAAUGCUGGUGAAAGGCGACGACAAACUGAAAUGGACAACUUUGAAGCGGAACUGGGGUCAGAAAUGGGAGACCAACGCCAAGCUAGUGGGGGAGUCACUGACAUUUCGGGUCACGACAAGUGAUGGUAGAACCUCAACUUCCUGGCGGGUUGCCCCGAAAAACUGGCAAUUUGGGCAGACUUAUGAAGGCAAAAACUUCAGCUGA